AUGCUCCCGAUAAAAUUGAAGGCUUUGCCUUGUUUAUCUUACUUUUGUGGCGGAUCGCAUCAGUGACAAGACAGUGCGGUCAAAAUGAACACAGCCGUCUGGCUUUUCUUCUGUGCGGCCGCGUUGGCCAGCACCUCCGCUCUCUCAAUCCCUUUGAGACAAAAUCCGGAGACACUAUGUGCUGGCCAGGAGAACUUCCUGAGGAUCGCCAGCAUCGAGAGCUGUUCCCUCUACUACCAGUGCUACAACGGCAAGUCCUACCUGAUGGAGUGCCCCCCUGAAACGUGGUUCAACGAGCAGGAACAGGUAUGUGACUGGGCGGAGCCGCCAGCAAGCUGCGUUGUACCCGAGCCUGAGCCCGAACCGGAGCCAGAACCGGAACCUGAACCGGAACCGGAACCGGAACCGGAACCAGAACCGGAACCCGAACCCGAGCCUGAACCUGAACCCGAGUCUGACCCAGAAGAUGAACCGGAAGCCGAAUCAGAACCUGAAGGUGAGCCGGAAGCCGACGCUGAAGAAGAAGAGGUAGAGGAAGAAGAUACCGAAACCCUGGCACAGCUUGACGUCGAAGGCUCAGGCGAGGAAUGGCAAGAAGACGCAGUCAAACGGUUCGUCAAAUCGUUCAGAGCAAUCAAACAAGAAGAAGACGAGGUAGAAGCUGAGGCUGAGAAUGAUGAAGAAACUGAAGAAGUUGAGAAGAGACAAGAAGAAGAGGUUGCCGAUGAAAUCGACGGUGAAUACUUAGAGGCAGAAGCAGAUGCGGAAGAUUCCUUAAAAGCCAAGAAGUUAGUGAGGCAAGAAGAGACUGAAAUCAACGAAGAAGACGUUGAGGUUGAGGAAGGCCUGAUUGAAAUUGAUGUAGAAGAAACCAAGAAGCGUCAAGAAGAAGAACCGAUCGAAGAGGAAGGCGAGGACAGCGAAAACGACGCCGAAGAGGUCAAGAAACGUCAAGAGGAAGAGGCACAAGAUGACGAGGAAGGAGAUAAUGAUGAGGAAGAGGUAGAGAAACGUCAAGAAGAAGUCGAGGAAGAGGCAGAAAAUGAAGAGGAAAGCGAAGAUGCUGACGAAAAACUAAGGAAGCGACAGGAAGAGGAAGAGGCUCAAGAUAAUGAGGAAAGCGAAAUCGCUGAAGAAGAAGAAAAGAAGCGUCAGGAAGAGGAAGAAGAAUCGAAUGACGAGGAAUCUGAUGACGCAGAGUCCGCUGAUGAAGCAGAAAAACGUCAGGAAGAAAAUGACGAUGUGGCUGAAGAUGAGGCUGAUGACGAUGCGGAAAAUGACAAUGCAGAUGCUGAGAAGAGACAAGAAGAAGUAGAAGAGGAAGCCGCAGAAGAAGAAACAGCGUCAGAAGAUUCAGAAGCCAAACGCCAAGAAGAGGAGGCUGAUGAUGAUGAAAACCAGGAAUCAGAAAACGAAAUUGAAUCUGCUGGUGAAGACAAACGCCAAGAGGAAGAAGGAGAUGAAAAUGAGAACGCAGAAGAAAAUGAGAAUGAGGAAGAGGUUGAAAACGAAGACGAAAAUAACGAAGCACGUUCCCAAGAAGAGCAAGUAGAUGAAGAAGUAGACCAAGUAGAUCAGGAAGUAGACCAAGUAGAAGAAGAUGAUGAAACACUUAAAAGAGCAAAGAAGUUCUUCAAAAGUGUAUUCAGAAUGUUCCACUAGACUUCAGCGGCAUUGAGAAAUGUUACUUGAAGAACCUAGAAACAACUAGAAGUAAAUUAGUUUUAAUUGUAAGUUAGAAAAACUUUGUGCAAUUUUGUAAAUACGAAUGUUAGUUAUUAAAUUAUUUAUUGACA